UGCAUGUGUCUGUCAUUUUGUGCAAGUGAGAGAGAGAGCAAGAGAGAGAGAGAGAGAGAGAGAGGGGAGUGACAGUAAUACAAUGGAUCAGAACCUUUAGUUUUUAUCCAUGUAUACCCCAAGAGAGCCCAAGAUUCUCCUCCCCCUAUGGCCCCCCAAAUAAAUAUGCCCUUCUUCUCCAACAUUUCACUAUCUCUUAGCUCUCUGAACUCUUGAAAGUUCACAACUUUUUUGGUUUUGUUUUUGCAAAGAUUUCUGUCCUUUUUUUUUGUUGGUUUAAAUGAUGAGUGGUGGGAGAAGUAGUAGUAGGCUUCCAUUUACUGCAAUUCAGUGGCAAGAACUUGAGCACCAAGCUCUAAUCUACAAGUAUAUGGUGUCUGGAAUGCCUGUCCCUCCUGAUCUUCUCUACUCCAUCAGAAGAAGCCUGGACUCUUCCCUCUCCUCCAAGCUCCUCCUCCACCAACCUCAACACUAUGGAUGGAACUAUUUCCAGAUGGGGUUUGGGAAGAAGAUAGACCCAGAGCCAGGGAGGUGUAGAAGAACAGAUGGGAAAAAAUGGAGGUGUUCAAAAGAGGCCUACCCAGAUUCAAAAUACUGUGAGAGGCAUAUGCACAGAGGCAGAAACCGUUCAAGAAAGCCUGUGGAAGUUUCAACAGCAGCAGUUCAAGCAACAACACCACAAAAAGCUAUUCCUUUCUCACCUAUCACCACCACCACUAGUGGUGGCUGUGGUGGUGGUGGUGGGCUCUCCCCCACCACCCCCACCUCUCUCCCUUUCUCUUAUUUGACUGCUGCUGCAACACAACCCUCUUCUGAAUCCCACCACCACCCUUUCCUUUACCCCUUUCCCUCUUCUGCUGCAAGGCCUGAGGACCAUACUGCCAACUUUCUCCUGGAUUCUGGAGCUUAUUCUAGGAAUGGUUAUGGUCAUGGGAUGAAGGAGGAAGUGGAUGAACAUGUGUUCUUCUCAUCAGAAACUUCAAGGGCUAUGAGAAGUGCAUCUGGUUCACUAGAUGACACUUCCUGGCAAGUGGCACCACUGACAAUGGCUUCACCAACCUUAGCCCAAUUGAAACAACAUAAGACUUAUGUCUCUGCAACUCCACAACAGUUCCAUGAAGGCUUAGCAGCAGGCAGUGAUGGCAAGAAUACAGACAGCAGUAUGCAUCACAUGAAGCUAGGCUCAUCAGAGGAUCACCAUCAGCCCAAGAAAGUAAUGCACCAUUUCUUUGAUGAAUGGCCCCAAGAGACCAAACAUUCAUGGCUUGAUGAUUCUGGGGACAAGUAUUCAACCCAUGGGCCACUCUUCAAAACCCACCUCUCCAUCUCAAUCCCCAACUCCCCCCAUGACUUCUUCAUGACCCAUAAUGAAAAAUGAAGAGGGGAUUUGAAUAGAGGCUGUGGGGUAUAUGGUGAAGCAGAGAGGAGGGGAAAGAGUGGUGGUCUGGGGUGCUUUUACUGCUCCAGCUUCCUUAUACAUGUGCAAUGAGGUUUUCUGAGCAUGCAAGAAACUGUUACUUUUUCUUGUUGGUCCAAGGGGGUGUAAUUUAGUACUUGUGUUUUUUUUGAAGUUUGUAAUGCUACUGCAUCAUGCUGCCUGGCCUUCUGAGCCUUCACAUGUAUUUUGGCUUUCAGUAUCUGAGUUUAUUUUGUUUGUUUGAAA